AUGGCAAACCUGAGUCAAGUCCCGGAAGACGGUGAAGUUUCGUAUGAAAGUGGUCAUUACAGCGAUCAGCGCGAUCAGGGUACUUGGAGUUGGCAGCCCGCGCGAACAGCCGAGGGCGCCGUGUUGGCGUUCAAAGAGCUGCGUCCGCUCGCGGAGGGUCUGAGGCAUCUCGCCAUGUAUCGAUGCGAAGAAGCGAUCCAUUCGUUUCAACAGCUUUCGCGAUCUCAAUACGACACCGCCUAUGUGCUGUGCGCGAUGGCGAAAGCGCACUCAGAGAUGGUGGAUUACGCCAACGCAGCGCAGGCGUUUGAAGAAGCGCGCGCGGCCGCGCCGUAUCGCUUGGAAGGUCUCGAUGUGUACUCAACCGUUCUUUGGCAUUUGAAGGAGGAAGUGAAGCUCGCACAUUUGGCACAAGAAGUUCAGUCUCUCGAUCGUCUAGCUCCAGAAACGUGGUGCGUGCUCGGAAACUGUUUCUCGUUACAAAAGGAACACGAGACGGCUUUGAAAUUUUUUCAGCGCGCCAUCCAACUCGAUCCGAAGUGCACGUACGCGCAUACGCUGAGCGGACACGAGUACUUUGCGAACGAAGACUUUGAAAAAAGUAUGAAUUGCUAUCGGGCUGCGUUGAGAUUAGAUGCGAGACAUUACAACGCCUGGUACGGCCUCGGUACGGUGUAUUACCGCCAAGAAAAGUACGUCAUGAGCGAGUAUCACUUCACAUACGCGCUCAACAUCAAUCCGAAGUCGAGCGUGUUGUACUGCUACGCCGGUAUGGCAAAGCAUGCACUAAACGAUAACGAUGCAGCGUUAUCGCUUCUCUCUCAAGCGAUCGCGCUCGAUGGUAAGAAUCCUCUGGCUCGUUACGAAAUGGCCGCCGUGUUGAUGAGCGAAGAAAAUUACGACGCCGCGUUGGCGGAGCUUAACAAAUUGCAAGAGAUCGCCCCCAAGGAAGCGAGCGUGUUUUUUCUCAUGGGAAGAAUCUACAAAAAGCUUGGGCUUCAAGAGAAAGCGAUGAUUAACUUUAGCAUCGCGCUCGAUUUGCGUCCAUCGAACGCGGACGUGAACUCGAUCAAGGGCGCCAUCGAGAAACUCGACGCCGAUGAGCUCAGCGACGAGGACAACAUCUGA